CAUCUGAACUGAACGUUCCUGUUCAUCUUCAAGCCCUCGCCGGCUUGUUGAACUCAGUCGAUCCUGCAUCUUUCUCCAACACCGUCGCACGCGAAAAAUGGCAGAAUCCGUCCUCCGACCCCGACACACGGAGGCGGCGGACGCCGAUGAGGAUAUGUUGGACGCGCUGGAAGCCUUGUCACGCCGAAUGGCAGAAUUCGUCCUCCAGGACACGGAGGACGAUGAGGCUGCCCUGGACGCACCGGAAGCCGUCGCACGCAGAGCGGCGGAAUACGUCCUCCAGGACACGGACGCGGCGGAUACCCAAGCAUCGGAGGACAACUUCUUCUUCGAACUCGCGGAAACCUUCAUGCAGGAGACGGAGGCGGAGGAAGCCGCCGUGGAAGCUAUGGUGUUCAAUGCGGCGGAGGAAGCGGGUGAAGCCGCCUCGGAAGCACUGAAAGCCGCCGUGGAAGCUAAUAAGCUAUAGUGUUCAAUGCGGCGGAGGAAGCGGUUGAAGCCGCCCGUGGCGACACCCUCCUCGACGCCGCCGUGCUCAGCUAGAAGGGGACUGAGCUGCAGUACCGAGGAAGGGCUCGUUCGGUUACGAGUGAAUUGAAGGGGAUUAAAUCCCUUCCUAGUCAAAAAUGAAUAAAAGGGGUUUUAAUCUCUC